AUGACAACAAUCGAACACAACUCACAACAAACAAAACAUAAUAGCCAGGCAGCAGCCACGAACGUAGCAGAUGCGGAAGAAGUCAAACAACUGAAAAAUAUGUAUAAAGAUGCGUUGGGACACCUGAAGGAAGUAUUUGCUGAAUGGUCAGAAGAAGACUUACUCUUCACCCUUCAGGACGCUGAAGGUGACCUCGAAACGGCGGUUACCCGAAUUAGUGAAGGCCACGCAUGCCAAUGGGAUAAAGUAAAAUCGAAGAAAACUAAAAAAGAAUCUGGUCCAAAGUCUAAGACUAACGGACCACAACCCGGUAAUAGCCAGCGCGGACAUCAGCGUAACAAUGAUCGCAGUGACCGUGGCGAACGCAACGAGCGUAAUGACCGUGGGCGGCCCCGCAGCGAUGCAUCGACCCGCAGCGGAAGGCACCACGCAAGCGACACUCCCCGUCAUGGCAACAAAACCCGCGAAAACGGUGCCGCCAACGCAGGUUACCAACGUCCGCCACGUCAACUGAACGGUCCCAGCCAGCACGAAGAUAACAACUCUUGGAGCAAACCAAGAAGUAAUAACCAUCGCGCAGCGAAAGAUGGAAAUCGAGGCUCUCAUGGUAUGAAUACGGAUAAUCGAGGAAAAGGUGCAGAAGACGAUGCAUCGAAUGGGUGGAAGACUGCUGACCCUGUUGCCAGUGACGCUAAUUGGGGUGAUAAUGCCGGAACUAAUAAUAAUGGUAAUUGGACUAAUACGCCCGGUGAGAGUAAAACAAAUGAUUCAUGGGACAAUCCUGUAAGCAGCGGCGAAGCAUGGGGUACUAUAGAACAGCAAAAAGAUACCUGGGGUACAACAGUGGAUAAGGUGAAAGAUAAUAAUAGGGUGGUUGAAAGUCAGAAGAGCGAGAAAACAUCAUCAGGAUUGGGCCAGAAACCAAGGACAAUAACUAGUCCGACUAUGUCAUGGGCUCAGAUCGUAAACAGAGAUGAUAACAAGCCCGAAAUCAAACAAGAGUCACUUUCAGCACCAACAAAAAUAGCGCCUGAAGCAAAGAAACCAUCUUCUCCGCAGCCAUCAAACUCUCAAAUAAAAUCUCCCGCAAAAUCACCAGCUAAAUCGCCUGCAAUAGGACAGAUAACACCUAGUCAUACGGAAAGCGAACCUAAUAAUGAACCUCCGGCAAAGGCACCUUCACCUCAACAAUUAUCCGUCUCCAAUAUAUCUCCUUCUGUCACAAUCCCUUCACCACGUACUAAAGAAGCAACGCCAUCGAAUGCUCACAAGAGUAAAACGACUACCAAUCGUCGAAUGAGACAAGUUGCUGCAGUAGUUAUGCCAAGUGCCGGUGCGGAUGUAGAGAGGGUUAGCGUACAAUUUGGUAAUAUGGAUUUAUUGAGUAAUGCCAAUGAUAACAACGACGCGGACAAGUUAUCGAUGAAUGUACCCCACAAGUCUGAAGACAAGAUUCAGACUAAAACUCAGACGGCCGUUGAAGCCCAGACAUCGGUCGCUACUCAAGCACAAGCGCAAUCUGCUCAACAACAUUUACCUCAACCACAAUCGUCUCCACAAACAUUACAAUCAUCUCCACAGCAACAUGCAAAGCAAACUCAACAGCCGCAAUCUGCUGCAACUCCUCAGCAAACAGCUUCUGUUCCUGCGAGUCGCCUUGCGUCUGUUCAAAGUGUUCUUCCCUCUGCUAAUAAUGCACCGUCAGCUAAUCCGGCAGUAUUUGCUACGAAUUAUUUUAAACAACAACAAGAGCAAUCAACCGCAGCUACUGCCUAUCUUGGACAACAGCAUCAUGUAGGUAUUGGCGAACCGCUUUCAUCUCCAUAUGGUUCAUAUCUGCCGAGUCAGCCUCCUAAUCAGAUGUCGCAGUUUACUCUCGCGCCAGCUUUGCACGAGUAUGGUGCUAUGUAUCCAGCCGAUGCGUCUCGCUUGAUGGGUUACUAUCCUUCUGGCGAUCCGAACGCUGGCUAUGGACAAGCGUCGCCUGUUGCCGCUGCUACAUAUGGAACACGUGAUAACAAUAAAUAUGCUGCAGAUACUCAGACAUCGUCUAGUGCUCAGCCUGGUAAUCAAACAUCGGCAUCUCAGCAAGGAUCCAAUCAGCAGCAAGUGCAAAAUCCACAGGCACAGCAACCUCCAUAUCCAAUCAGUACUAACAUGGCACCAUACUAUACUGGGUAUUAUUAUGUUGGAGCACAGUUUCCUAAUUAUGGACAAUCGAGUUAUCAACCAUUUGUAGGUAAAUAUCCGAUGCAUCCAUACCAUCAUUCUACCAAGCCAGGAUCAGCAUCUGGCCCGUCUGCAUAUGGAUAUCCUACGACUCCGACAACGCCCAGCACACCCCAUCAUUAUUCUCACACAUCAUCCGCCGGAUACGAAGAGGUUGCUGGUAGCAACGUACAUCAUCUGCAAGGCGUUCCUGGAAUGCAUGAUUAUCAGAAAAGCUACGGAACCAAUAUUCCUCAACUGCAGAGUUUCCUAGGCAAUAGUGGUGCGAACAAUAAUCAAUCUUCGGCUUCUAGCGCUGGUUCUAAUACACCAACUAGCAAAGGAACUAAUAACAACAGUUCGGACUUGUCAGCCACUCAAUACAAGAGCUAUACCGAUAAACCCUCCGCUGCAGGGCAGAGUAGCGUAGGACAGACUGGUGGUCAUCAGCCACAGCAACAGAAUAAUCCAAACUAUUAUGGGCAGCAAACCCAAGGAGGACAAAUGUUUAAUAAUUAUCAGUAUCAGCAAGCUCACCACCAGUUCCACCCACAUCAUCAGACUACUAAUCGAGGGCAGCAAUAUUGGAGUCAACAGAGCUAG